AUCGGCAGCGACGGCCGGUGCUGUCGUGGCGGCUGGUGCGAGGCCUGCGCCGGUUGCCAACGGCCCCGGAUUACGCUGAACGGGACUCGAGCCUCGGACGCUGUCGUCGGGACGCCGGCAAACGGCGGCCAGGCGGUCGGCGCCGUGGUCUCUUCCACCUCGAGGGGAACCAACUGAAAGUUGACAUCAAACAACUCGAAUAA